AUGCGUACUCUAAUCUUGAAACUCGGUUGCGGCUGUCAGUCAAAGAGACUGGAGACGGAGGAAUGCGAUGAGGAACAAGCGCGCGUGGCAGAACUCAUUUCAAGGCGAAGACGAGACGAGAUGAUUUCCGGCGUUGUGGCUGAGGAUAUGUUUGGCGACGGCAGAACUGGUGGUCGGUUGGGGGAACGAAUGCUCUGUGGCAUAGCUUUAACGACGAACAAGUCGGUCGGUCACUGGCCGUGUCUGCUAUGUACACCAUUGUCGGGCGGACAAAACGGCGUCGUGACCAGGUCGUCACGCCAGCCAGCCACUUCGCCACCUCCACGUCUGACCAGUACGUUGGAGGACGGUCAACAAUCGGUCACCAUCGACGCGGAAGUGCCAAGGUCACCGCCCGCCGUCUUCCUCGAUGACCAGAGGCACGUCCAUAUCGAAAGAGAGGCGAGUGAUCGUAUCACCUGUGGCAACAGCCAUCACUGGCAGACGAUCGGACCUUAUUACCCUGAGGCAAAUAUGUCGUCACAGCCCAAACCAGCCUUCGUACCUGGCCUGUCCGGGGAGGGGGUGAUUCCAUUUCAUGGUCUCUUUGCGCAUUCGAUCAUACGUCGUGAGUACAUCGAGAUAACAUGUGCCGACCAAGUCGCAUUGGUUUGGUUCGAUCUGGCGUUCAAGCGCCAGUGUUGCCGCCGUUCGAGCUCUAUUCAAUGUUCCUCAGCCGACCUCGGCGUUUCUGGCCUCCCAACGAUUGUCAACGUACCCCUGGUCGGCGCCUGUCAAACGGAUCGAUUGCAUCCGACCAUCCUGCCCUCGUGA